CGAGCGCUGAGCGGCACCUCGAACAAACCGUGUCUGCUCUCUUGGGCUCGAACGCGCAUGUCGACGGCAACCCGCCGACUGGCUCUCACCGGGCGCCAUGCUCGGCUCUAUAGCUCAGCAUCACCAGCAGUCGCUCUCAGCUACGAACACCAUCCUAAGCCGUCCCGCGAAAGCAUAAAGAAGGAGCCGCUCGUUGUGUUGCAUGGCCUGUUCGGGUCCAAGCAGAACUGGCGGAGUCUAGGCAAGAGCCUCGCGAAGCAGCUUGAGCGCGAUGUGUACUGUCUUGACCUACGCAAUCACGGCGAGUCACCUCACGAUGCAGAUUGCUCCUAUACAGCCUAUGCUGGCGAUGUGACCUCCUUUCUAGAUAGCCAGAACCUUAGCAGUAUCUUUCUGGCAGGCCAUUCAAUGGGUGGCAAAGUGGCAAUGACCGUUGCUCUCGCUCCAGAGUCGCAGGAUCGCAUCAAACGACUCGUUGUCAUUGACAUGAGCCCCGCGACCGGCAAGAUCUCGCCUGAAUUUGCACGGUACAUCGAAGCCAUGCAAGAGAUAGAGAGCAUUGGAGUUGAGGAUAAACACCAAGCCGACCAGAUACUGCAAAAGUAUGAAGAGAGUCUACCCAUUAGACAAUUCCUGUUGACCAAUCUGAACCGUCCGACCUCGCGCGACUCCCGGGAUCCGCUGCGCUUUCGGAUACCUGUCGACGUACUGUCCAAAUCCCUGAAUGCUAUCGGCGAAUUUCCUUUCGAGGAAGGAAAAGCGGUCUUUAAGGAACCAGCGCUUUUCGUCAAGGGCGAGCUCAGCAAGUACCUGAACCGCAAGAGCAUCGCGGUAGCACGCGAGUACUUCCCCGAGAUGCAACUCGAGACUGUCACGGGCGCUGGACAUUGGGUCCACUCUGAAAAGCCUAGCGAGUUUAUGCAACUGAUGCGAGAAUUUUGCGCAUGACACGUCGUGUGGAUGAGUGUGCAAUGCAUCAUCUCUGACUUGCU